ACGAUAUCAACGCCUCAUGAGGGAUAGGAUAGCCUUGAGUGAUUACACAGCAUGACCACUAUCCGUAUCCAGAUCCACCAUUAUUGGAGGACCGACUAUCCGCGUAAAUCUAAAUUAAUUGGCUUGCUCGUGUGGCGCUUUGCUGUUUAUUUUCUACCUCCGCAUCUGCAUGAAGAUGAAAUUGAAAAUGCUUGUCGCAUUGUUUGUUUCUCGGUUUCAUUUCUCAGAACACUCCUGGACAGUAUAGUCGCUUUCUCAGGUGGGAACUUUGCGCUCGCAACAUCCCAGAGAUGAAAUAGACGUGUCGGAACCCCUUGGCAUGAUACGGGUUCGCGUUCUCGAGAACAACGGCGUCGAUAUUGACACAACCAAGACCGCCACUACUUCUUUGCCUGCGAAGAUAUCUUCAACCAAAAGCAGGGCAAGUAGCCUGGGCACGCGAACAGAUACAGGGGUAGAUCACUAGUGUUGCUCGACUGCUUUAGCUUUUCAAUUACAGAUGUGGGAUGCCGUGUUGUUUCGGCACCGCAAAAAAGUCCUACGACUCGGCCGCAUUGGUGUCUGCACUACCAGAUCCAGGUCGUAGCCCCGAUAGAGGUGCGGACCAGUUGUAUGUAGCAACUAAAAGCCACCGUGCUGGUGGAGUGUCGGUUUUCCAAGGGCGACAUGCUAGUGCAGGACGAGAUAGUCCUCUGUACGCGCAGGCAGGUUCAUCUUCAGUGGAUACAUGGCAACGCGUGCGUCGUGAGGAAGACGAGGAGUCGGAGCCUUUUUAUUCGGUGCGCGAAGAGGAUUCGGAUUCGGAAAAGGAUGGCGGUAAAUAUGUUGGCUCGUCUGGUAGACGAUAUUUUUCUGUAUACUGAUGUUGACCGCUUCAGCUACUUAUACUUAGACAUAGUUUUAGUUCUACUUGAAGAUUUACUGCCGACCGAAACCGGACAACUGCAACUGCUGCAGUGGCCCGCAGCAGCAGCGUUGUGCAGCAGUAUAAUUGUGAUCAUAUCGAUGCGCAUGCGCAACAAAAAUGUGAAGUAUUUACAGGCGGUUUGUGGUAAUUCUGCAGCAAUCGCAAUAGGAAGUAGAUCAAGAUUUAUUUAGUGCGGUUGGAGGAUCUACGAGUUUUUUGGAGGAGUCGGGUAGUUAUUAAACAAAAAAACAAACCGACCGAUAGCUGUCUCGCCCGGGAAAAUUGCAUUUUUGUAGAUUUUGUAUCCCUUGGUAGGUUAGUUACGAUUUGCCUAGCCUUGCCGUCCAUUUUUUGAACUCUUACCCGUAAAAAUAUCGUUUUCUUCACCAUAUUCGCAGGGAGCGGCGGUAUUGGAUGUUCGACAGCUGCGGAGGGCUUCCCUUCGAAGCUGCCACUGCACCCUUUCCGAGGGGGCUUCGGCAGCCUCGAAAACAUGAUUGCAACUCCAUUGGUCCAGCGGCUCGCGACGCCCAUGAACGCGGAAGAGGAACUAUCAAAAGGAAAAAUUCCCCCUCCCCAUAUCAAAACAAUGUUUCUGAUGCUCAAUUUGCGUACACAAAUCAGAUUUGUCUUGCUGGCGAGGACUGCAGGCGCACCAUACUAAGCCCGACGAGUAGACAGGUUUUGGCCUAGGCGCUUUGCAUGACAGACGUCUACGCUGUAGGUGCAACAGCAUGACAAACCGCCUGUAGAGUGCGGCGGAGCUUGUGGAGUCGCCUUCAUGCAACACAGAGACGGUUCGUGGUCACAUUUCAGCACCACAAAUUUUCGAAAACGUUCCUUGUCAAUAUGGGGAGGGGGAGUUUUUCCUUUCGGUAGCAACUCGGCUACAUUAUGGAGUUCUUGGACAAAUUUCGAAGAGAGGAAAGGCAAGGACUCUGGAACUUGGCUUUGGACAAGGCAGAGUGCAAAGUGUGGAAGCGGUUCAUCGAGCUCGGCGGCUCUUCGUCGUCUACAUCUACUUCCAUGGCGCCGCCGUCGUCCACCAACACGCAACAACCUGUCCAGAAGGUGCUUUUUUUCCUCGCGGAGAGUAUCAUACACGCACCUCCCGAAGUGGUCAUGCAUCUCAUUCAGAACGUCCAACUGCGGAUGUCCUGGGAAGACAACUUUAUGGUGGACGAAAUGCUGGAAGGUGACUACUACCGAGGAAUCGAACGCGUCGUCAUUCGCUCUCCGGUGUUUGGGUUUAGCAAUCGUGAGAUUAUCCGGUUUCGGGAGGCCAGAUGCACACCGGCGUUCCAGUAUAUUUAUAUAUAAUAUGUAGAGGUAGACGCGCCGCCCGUUUGAUAUGUUUAUUCUUUUCAUACGUUAAUCGUUACCCUUUGAUGAAUAAAUCAAUGCUAAGUCGUGUACAACUGAAUUGAACGAACCACUGUUGAGGUGUUCUGGCAAACACGCAGUAAAAAAUGUGGUAUACGCUUACGCAACCAGGUAUCCCUACCUCGCUUAUGAGCGUUCCACCAGCAGUCGGGAUUGCGCGUACCCUCCCACGGGAAAACAGGUUCGCGUGACUGUGUUUAUGUCGGGCAACACUCUGGAGCCCGGCCCGAAGCCGGGCACCACGCUUUUGAGGGUGAUCACCGACAGCAACCCUGGCGGCGCUAUUCCCAGCGCCGCUGUGAAUCUAGUGGUAGCCUCCAUUCCACGACAGUGGUCCCAAAAGCUGAACAAGGAAUGUCUGAAAUUCAUGGCAAAGGAGCCCGUAAACCCGUUGCCGGAGGCUCGGCUCAGAGAACUGGUGGAAAACCUCAAUAGUAGCUGA